UUUCCGCAAUCAAGUCUUUAAGCCACUCAGAUCUCGCCGCCGCCGCCCUUUUUAUGGACCCGCCACCACCGCAGACGUCCGGCAAGCUCCGGCUGAUGUGUAGCUACGGCGGCCACAUCGUCCCCAUGCCCUUCAAGAAGUCUCUGUAUUACUCUGGAGGCGACACGCGUAUCAUCAGCGUUCCGACCUCCAGCACCGCCACAGUCUCCGCCUUUUUAGCCCACAUCGCCGCCACGUUACGUGUCAGUUACCCGUUCACUCUCAAGUACCAGCUGCCACUCCAUGACCUCGACUCGCUUAUCUCUCUUUCCACUGACGACGACCUUCAGAUUUUUCUGGAAGAGUUUCAACGACUUUCGGAUUUUCCUGAGCCCACACGCAUCAGAUUGUUUCUGUUUGGGUUGAAACAGUCCGAGUUGAAGACUACUCAGUGCGGGUUGACUCACCCUAAGACGGAGAGUUGGUUCGUGGACGCGUUGAAGGGUGCAAAGAUGAUGCAGAAGGGAGAGAUCGGGUUUGGAGGGGAAGGCCAAAUUCAAAGUGAAGGUAGUAAUGGUAAUGGCAGCAGUGGUGGGCUUUGUGGGCAAGAGUCUAUGGUGUUGGAAACAACAUCCUCUUAUGGUUCUACGUCGUCUUCAGUUUCUUUGUCCAAUUUGCCGCCCAUUAAGGCUUGUGGUGAUGAAAGUUUGACUUUUUUUCAAGACAAUCGGGCCAAAUUGCCCUCAGCUGAGUCUACUGCAAGUGAUAUAAAUAGCCCGGGAAGUGCUAUUUCUUACGCGCAGACUGGAACUUACCAAGACCACAUUGUUCCUAUUGCUUCUAUGGAGAAUAAGGUUUCUUUCAACGCUUUUGAAUCAUGGGAUACCAAGAUUCGUGAACCUGUCUCAGAGAUGCCAUCACAUAAAACAGUUCAGGCUUAUGCGUAUCCAUUAUCUUCACAAUUGGAUCAACUGCAGGGACAACAAAUGCAAUUUGUACAGAUGGGUAGUCAUUAUGUAUCUCAGAACCCUACCACAGUAGUGCCGGUUGCCUCUUACUAUCCUGUGCAUAACACGCUGUCGCAUCAGCAGCAGCAGCUACAGUAUCUGCCUAAUCAAUCGUACCCAGUAUAUGUUGUGCUGGCUGGUGAGACCCCAAAAUAUGAGUCAUCUGUGCAAUAUGGUUCCAAAGAAACUUUGUCGGUUGUUUCUGGUCGGCCUCCAUUGCAUCCAAAUUCUACGUUAAUUUCUCCCCAAGUAGCCUACAAGGAUGUCACGGCAACUCCACCUGUACCUGAGUUUGUCUCACCAGUUUAUAGAACAACCCAGGUUGGAAAUGCACCUAUCCAUGCCAAUUGUAAUGAAAAUAAGCAACAAAAUGUGGUUGUUUCCCAAACACAUAAUCAGCCUCAGCUAAUUGAUCUUGCUUCCGGAGAAACUGCUAAUUACUGCGACGAAUAUGAUGAUGACCCUGCACGGUCCCAAAUAUAUAAAACUCAGCCACUGCCACCCUCAUUGCCUCCUCAGUAUCAAACCAUGAAGGCCUCAGCAUUACUAUUGUCGGAGGCUUUGUCACAGUUGCAUUUGGACAAUGUAAACCAAUAGGCUAGAACCUCACAGCCACAAUGAGUUGGUUAUCUGAAAGAGAAGAAACAAUUUUGGUAGUGGAGUUAGGGUAACUUUAUAUGCUCUUGCUUGUUUUCUCAUUUCUUUGGUAUUUGUCGUCCGUGUGAGAUAAGAAUAGAGAAUAUGGUCGCCCCUUUCUUUAUCUUUCUUUUCCAUAUGUUAUUUGAUUAAAGUGUUUGAGAUUAUAUAGUGAAAGUUCAAUAAAAAUGAGUGCUUCAAGAGUUAGUGUAUAGUUUUAAUCUGAUAUAUAUAUGCUGCUUCUCUGAUCAGGAUAUGCAUGUUUGAUGACAGUUAAGUUUUGGGUGCUGAACAAAAUCAAUUCUGUCUGUUGCCUGGGACUGCACUUCUUAUGGGGUUUUGUCAAUUAUAAUUUAUUUUCCGUAGUGAUUACAAUGCUUGAUUUGGAACAUGACUAUGCAUAUUAAUGUGG